AUGUUGAGUGAGCCCUCGUCGCCCACUGUUUUCAUCAACGCGCAGGAACCUCUCCUGAACGAAAUCGAACGUCUUAAGGAGCAAUACAACCGCCUGGAGGAAGACUUUGCUUACUAUGAGGAGUCGAAUGGUGGGCUUCAAGUACAAGUCGACAACCAGGCUUCAGAUAUCGAUGCCAAAGAUCGAGAAAUCUCAUUUCUGAAAGAACUGGUCGACCGCACAGUGAGGGAUCAUGAGAAAGCCCACGAAGAAGCCGAGUUCUUGAGGCGUCGAAGUUCUGUCCUCGAGAUCACCGUCAAAGCCAACGCAAAAGAGCUCAAUGGUCUCUAUGAGGUAGAACAGCUCCUCACAGCCCGCGAAGCUGAAGCUCGCCUAUUCGCCGCCGAACUGCUUGAGGUCAAGACUGAUCGCGAUGACAAACUUGCCGAAGUGAAAGGUCUGGAAGGAGAUUUGGAACGACAACAGUUGGUGCUGGACGCCAAAGAUCGAGAAAUAGACUCUCUCUACGAACGCAUCGACAUCUUCGAACGACACAUCAGCAUCACGAAAGAUCUAGCUGUCGACGAACUGGAUGACUGUCUCUACGACUUCGUGGAGAAAGUCACCGCCAUAGAAGGCGAUGUUGUCAAGCCCUCUCCCCCCACCUCUACCAGCAAGAAAGAGAAACGCCAGUCCUUCACCGGUGGCUUCAACCUCGCAGAUGAAUUCGACGCCCUUAGCGAUGGCGAAGAAGAGUACGAGUCUGAAGAUGAUGAAGGAUCAGAUACGCGCAGUGUACUCUCCGACAACUCUGUUCGAAGCCGGAAGAGAAGGGCCAAGCAGGCUUUGGCAAUGUCAGCGUUGCAGUACUUGGAGAUCCAACCGUCGAUCAAGAACCCGACUGCUUCUGUUGGCACGCAGAUGAGUCCCAUCUCGCCAAAGCCCAUCAAGCCGCUUCCUCAGAUGGCCAGCGCAGAGACUCAAACCAGUCCUAUCAAUCCCAUCACUUCCCCAGCCAAGUCUACUGCACCAAAGUAUGCCAGCAACGAUACUCAGACAAGCCCAGUGGCCUCUUCGCCCCGGAAGGAGGUUCCUACAAAAGGAGCAUCGCAGACGUCCAGCUCUGGAGCCCAGUCAAGUCCAACAUCUUCGCCUCGAAGAUCGAUUUUUGAAGUGAUCAGUUCC